AUGGCUUCUUCGGAAGCCGAUUCCCGUUUAAGUCUGGUACUGACUCCAGCACUAGAAAAGAUUAUUAAAAAUGCUUCAUGGAGAAAACACUCUAAACUUGCUCACGAAUGUAAAUCUGUAAUCGAUCGAUUAUCAUCAGCAGCAGCAGCAGCGAAUGAGGUUAAAUCUCCAUCAACACCUCAUUCUCCUACUGAAUCUGAACUGAAUACAGCUAAUAUACCUGGUCCGUUACAUGAUGGAGGACCAAUUGAAUUUACAUUAUCUGAAUCUGAAUCGAUUCUUAGUCCAUUGAUUACUGCUUGUGGAUCGGGGUUUUUGAAAAUUGCUGAUCCGGCAUUAGAUGCGAUACAGAAGUUAAUAGCUCAUGGUUAUAUUCGUGGUGAAGCUGAUCCAAGUGGUGGUCCAGAUUCAAUACUUUUAUCCAAGUUGAUGGAAGCUGUAUGUAAAUGUCAUGAUUUAGGUGAUGAAGCUGUUGAAUUAAUGGUAUUGAGAACGUUGUUGUCUGCUGUUACUUCGAUUUCGUUACGGAUCCAUGGUGAUUGUUUGUUGUUGAUUGUGAGAACUUGUUAUGAUAUUUAUUUGGGGAGUAAAAAUGUUGUGAAUCAGACUACGGCAAAAGCAUCUUUGAUUCAGAUGUUAGUUAUUGUGUUUAGAAGAAUGGAAGCUGAUUCUUCUACUGUACCAGUUCAGCCGAUUGUUGUGGCGGAGUUGAUGACACCGUCUGAGAAAUCUGAUGUGGAUGGAAGUAUGACUCAGUUUGUACAAGGGUUUAUUACUAAGAUUAUGCAAGAUAUUGAUGUGGUCUUGAAUCCGGUAGCACCUGGGAAGAAUUCAGGAGUAGGUGGACAUGAUGGUGCUUUUGAAACUACGACUGUUGAGACCACGAAUCCUGCGGAUUUGUUGGAUUCAACUGAUAAAGAUAUGUUGGAUGCUAAGUAUUGGGAAAUUAGUAUGUAUAAGACUGCUUUAGAAGGGAGAAAAGGAGAGUUAGCAGAUGGAGAAGUGGAUAAAGACGAUGAUUUGGAAAUACAGAUUGGUAAUAAGUUGAGAAGGGAUGCGUUUUUAGUGUUUAGAGCUCUUUGUAAACUAUCCAUGAAAACACCUCCUAAAGAGGCCUUGGCUGAUCCACAAUUGAUGCGUGGCAAAAUUGUUGCUUUGGAAUUGCUGAAGAUUUUGUUAGAGAAUGCCGGAGCUAUCUUUAGAACUAGUGACAGGUUCCUAGGAGCUAUUAAGCAGUAUUUAUGUCUAUCAUUGCUGAAGAACAGUGCGUCCACUCUAAUGAUUGUUUUCCAGCUUUCUUGCUCCAUUUUCAUUAGUUUGGUCUCGAGAUUUAGAACUGGACUGAAAGCAGAAAUUGGUGUAUUUUUUCCUAUGAUUGUUCUUAGAGUUUUGGAAAAUGUUGCUCAGCCUAACUUUCCACAGAAGAUGAUUGUGCUGAAGUUUCUGGAGAAGCUUUGUGUUGAUUCACAGAUCUUAGUGGAUAUAUUUAUUAACUACGAUUGUGAUGUUCAUUCAUCAAAUAUAUUCGAGAGGAUGGUUAAUGGACUUCUGAAAACGGCUCAAGGUGUACCUGCUGGUUCUUCCACUAGCUUAUUGCCACCACAGGAAGCCACCAUGAAACUUGAGGCGAUGAAGUGCUUAGUGGCAAUUUUGAGAUCAAUGGGUGAUUGGAUGAACAAACAGUUGCGCAUCCCUGAUGCUCAUUUUUCCAAGAAGUUAGAGACAUUAGAGAACGGUCCUGAAUCUGGAAUUCAUUCUCUGGCAAAUGGUAAUGGUAGUGAGCUUGCUGAAGGAUCAGAUUCUCAGUCCGAAACCUCCAGUGAGGUCUCUGAUGUUUCAUCUAUUGAGCAGCGUCGGGCAUACAAACUAGAGCUUCAGGAAGGUAUUUCUCUUUUUAAUCGAAAACCUAAAAAGGGUAUCGACUUCCUUAUCAAUGCUAAGAAAGUAGGCGAGUCCCCAGAGGAGAUAGCUGCUUUCCUCAAAAGUGCAUCUGGUUUGAACAAGACUUUGAUUGGUGAUUACAUAGGAGAGAGAGAAGACAUACCUCUAAAAGUGAUGCAUGCAUACGUUGAUUCCUUUGAAUUUCAAGGAAUGGAUUUUGACGAGGCAAUCAGGGUCUUUCUACAAGGAUUUAGGUUGCCUGGUGAAGCACAGAAAAUCGAUCGUAUCAUGGAAAAAUUUGCUGAGCGCUUCUGGAAAUGUAAUCCGAAUGCUUUUACCAGUGCAGAUACUGCAUAUGUUCUCGCUUACUCGGUGAUAUUGCUCAACACUGACGCACAUAAUCCCAUGGUUAAGAAAAAGAUGUCAGCUGAUGAUUUUAUAAGGAAUAACCGCGGCAUAGAUGAUGGGAAGGAUGUACCUGAAGAGUACUUGAGAUCCUUAUAUGAUCGCAUUUCGAGAAACGAGAUUAAGAUGAAAGAAGAUGAUUUGGCUCCUCAGCAGAGGCAGUCUGUGAACUCGAACAGCAUAUUAGGCUUGGAUAGUAUUUUGAAUAUUGUUAUCCGUAAGCGAGGCCAAGAGCAUUUGGAGACGAGUGAUGAUCUUAUCAGGCAUAUGCAAGAGCAAUUCAAAGAAAAAGCUCGCAAAUCUGAGUCAAUUUAUUAUGCAGCAACUGAUGUGGUGAUUUUGAGAUUCAUGAUCGAGGUCUGCUGGGCUCCUAUGUUGGCUGCCUUUAGUGUUCCGCUUGAUCAAAGUGAUGAUGAAAUAGUGAUAGCUAAGUGUCUUGAAGGUUUCCGCUAUGCAAUACAUGUUACUGCUGUGAUGUCCAUGAAGACUCAUAGAGAUGUUUUCAUUACAUCACUUGCAAAAUUCACUUGUCUCCACUCACCUGCAGAUAUCAAGCAGAAAAAUAUAGAUGCAAUCAAGGCAAUUGUUACCAUCGCAGAGGAAGAUGGAAAUUACUUACAAGAAGCCUGGGAGCAUAUUUUGACUUGUGUAUCCCGUUUUGAACAUUUGCAUCUUUUAGGAGAGGGUGCUCCUCCAGACGCAACUUUCUUUGCAGUUCCUCAAAAUGAUCAAGAAAAAUCAAAGCAGUCCAAGUCCACAAUGCUUCCAGUAUUGAAAAAGAAAGGGCCUGGAAAGAUUCAGCAUGCAGCUGCAGCUGCAAGAAGGGGAUCAUACGAUAGUGCUGGUGUUGGUGGCCACUCUUCUGGAUCAGUUACAUCUGAACAGAUGAGUAAUUUAGUUUCUAACUUAAACAUGUUGGAACAAGUAGAAAGCUCCGAAAUGAAUCGCAUAUUUGCUCGGAGCCAGAGGCUAAACAGUGAGGGAAUAAUUGAUUUUGUCAAAGCUCUCUGUAAGGUGUCCAUGGAUGAAUUGCGGUCUACGUCUGAUCCACGAGUUUUCAGCCUUACCAAAAUUGUUGAAAUUGCCCACUACAACAUGAAUCGCAUCAGACUUGUGUGGUCAAGCAUCUGGCUUGUACUAUCAGAUUUUUUUGUAACCAUUGGCUGCUCAGAGAACCUCUCAAUUGCUAUUUUUGCAAUGGAUUCAUUGCGUCAACUUGCUAUGAAGUUCUUAGACAGAGAAGAAUUGGCUAAUUAUAACUUCCAAAAUGAGUUCAUGAAGCCGUUUGUUGUUGUCAUGCGUAAGAGCAGUGCUGUUGAAAUCAGAGAAUUAAUCAUCAGAUGUGUCUCUCAAAUGGUUUUGUCUCGUGUCAACAAUGUCAAAUCCGGAUGGAAAAGCAUGUUCAUGGUGUUCACCACUGCAGCAUCUGACAACCACAAAAACAUUGUAUUACUCGCUUUUGAGAUCAUUGAGAAGAUUGUUCGUGACUACUUCCCGUAUAUAACUGAAACAGAAACAACCACAUUUACAGACUGCGUGAAUUGUUUAAUUGCUUUCACUAAUAGUAGAUUCGAUAAAGACAUUAGCCUCAAUGCAAUUUCAUUUCUACGCUUCUGUGCGGCAAAACUCGCGGAAGGAGAUCUUGGUUCCUCUAGGAGUAAGGACAAGGAGGGUUUAGGAAAGAUCACUGCAGCAUCUCCUGGGAAAGACGGAAAACAACAUAGUGCAGAGUUCCCAGAUCACGUAUAUUUUUGGUUUCCCUUGUUGGCUGGGUUGUCGGAACUUAGCUUUGACACAAGACCUGAGGUCCGGAAAAGCGCUCUGCAAGUGCUGUUUGAUACUUUGCGCAACCAUGGGCAUCAUUUCACGUUGCCUUUGUGGGAAAGAGUUUUUGAUUCAGUUCUUUUUCCCAUUUUUGAUUAUGUACGGCACGCCAUUGAUCCUUCUGGUGGACCUUUACCAGGGGAUGGACUUGAAAUUGAUACAAGUGAGCUAGAUCAAGAUGCAUGGCUUUAUGAGACAUGCACACUGUCCCUGCAACUAGUUAUCGAUCUCUUCGUCAAAUUUUAUGGUACCGUUAAUCCGUUGUUAAGCAAAGUGCUGCAGCUAUUAAUAAGUUUUGUCAAGCGUCCACAUCAGAGCCUUGCCGGCAUUGGAAUCGCUGCAUUUGUUCGUCUAAUGAGCAAUUCAGGAGAUCUAUUUUCUGAAGAUAAGUGGUUAGACGUGGUUUCAUCUUUAAAAGAAGCGGCAAAUGCCACGCUUCCUGAUUUCUCUUAUGUCCUCCUUGAUGGGGACAAUGUGGCUAGAAUCAGCAAGGAUUCUUCAACCACUUUAGCGAACGGUGAAACAGCUGAUUCUACUGCAGCUGAUGAUGAUCUAGAGAAUAUGAGAUCUCGCAGGAUUGAUCAAUCAGUUAAUGAUGCCAAGUGUCGUGCUGCUGUUCAGCUUCUGUUAAUUCAGGCCAUGAUGGAGAUCUACAACAUGUAUAGGACUCAACUUUCAGCACAGAACACAGUUAUUCUGUAUGAAGCUUUACACUCCAUCGCAUCUCAUGCUCACAAGAUAAACAUCGACAGUGAUCUUCGAUCAAAAUUACAAGAACUGGGUCCCAUGACUCAAAUGCAGGAUCCUCCUUUACUACGUCUAGAAAAUGAGUCCUACCAAAUAUGUCUCACAUUGUUACAAAACGUUGCAAGAGAUCGGCCCGACAGUGAAGAGGACAUUGAAGUUGAGACCUACCUUAUUGAUCUCUGUAGAGAAGUACUGCAAGUUUACCUUGACACAGCACAGCCACAUCAGCAAUCUGGGUUGUCCACUUCAGAUAAUAAAAAACCCCGCUGGUCAAUCCCACUUGGUUCAGCAAAAAGAAGAGAGUUAGCGGCAAGGGCACCUCUUGUUGUUGCUACUCUCCAAGCUAUAUGUGGAUUUAGAGAAGACUUGUUCAAGAAGAAUUUGACUAAUUUCUUCCCACUAUUUUCAAGCUUGAUAAGUUGUGAACAUGGGUCAGGUGAAGUUCAAGCGGCGCUGGGUGACAUGCUCAGUUCUUCAGUGGGUCCAGUUUUGCUUCAGUCCUGUUGAGGUUAGCCAAAGCCGCUUCAGUUUGAGGUUGUAUGAUAUCUUUUCUGUUUCUUUGUGAUUUCUUUCAAUCUUGUAUUUCUUCUUCUUGUUUAUCAUUUGCAAUCACCAUAUGCAGUAUAGGUUAGUGUAUGAAGAGUAAGAAGAAUGUUUUUGAUUGCGCCCCAAGUGUUGAUGGAUUUGUCUCUAUAGGUUGAGGGCAUCUAUUCAGAGUUCAAUGUUGUAUGUUAGAAGUUAUAUUCACGUCACGUGAUUUUCAUAUAGAAUUUCAAAGUGUAGCAUGAAAAUCCUACUUCCCAAACCAAAAUUCCUUUCUGUU